AUGUUUGUGAGUGUUUUAUGUGGCUUCAGUAUCAGUCUGCCGGAGAGAGUAGAAGCUCUAGAAGGAUCCUGUGUUUUUAUAUCCUGCACAUUCCAGAUUGAUCAAACAUAUAAUGCUUACCUCACUGAUUCUGCAAAGAGAUUAUGGUAUAAAGAUGGAAAAGAUGCAGUUUUGGUGUUUAACUCCAGCAGCCCUGACAGUGGACUCUUAACAGGAGAAAUAUUUGGUAAACCUACAGAGAAAAACUGCAGCACUCGCUUCAAUAAUCUCAAACCAACAGACAAUGGAUCAUAUUUCUUCAGACUUGAAGGCAACGGUGGACUGAAAUGGAGCUACAGAAACCCUGAUUUCUCCCAAGUUGAAAUAGUUGUCAGAGCGUCUCCACCCAAUCCCACAGUGCUUCUGUUUCAGGAUCAGCAGGAGGUGAUGGAGGUGACGGAGGGAAAAUCAGUGACUCUGAGCUGCUCUAUUAAGAUCUUUUGUCCAUUUCAUCCACCAUCUCUCACAUGGAGCUUCAGUCCUGAACUCCUCAUCAAUGCAAACAUCACAGAACAGCAGCAUCAAAGCCAAACACAUUACUACUCUGAUCUGAUGUUCACUGUAACUCAUCAUCAUCACAGAGCUGAAUUCACCUGCACUGCAACACAGCAGCAGAUCACAACACACAGCACCCGACAGCUACAUGUUCAGUAUGCUCCAAAAAACACAUCUGUUCAUAUAUACGGUGCAGCAGUGGAGGGUCAUUCAGUGACUCUGAGCUGCAGCAGUGAAGCAAACCCAGCAGCGAACUACAGCUGGUACAGACACACUGAAGGAGACCUGGAACCACCGACUGGACCAAACCUGACUAUCAGCAACACCAACCGGUCUCACAGUGGACGAUACUACUGUUCAGCUGAAAACCAACACGGAGCUCAGAACAUAUCAGUGCUGCUGGACGUCCAGUGUAAGUAUUAG